AUGACACCUAAAUCGAAACGUCAUAAGAUUAAUAAAUCUUCAUCUCAAGAAUCAGUGAUCGUAUUGAACGAUGAUGACGAUUUUAUGUCAACAAAAACUACAAAAGCUCGCAAACGUUUAACAAGAUCAUGUUCAUCAUCAAUAUCAGAUGUUACACGAUCUAAAUCAAAAUGUACAAAAAUAAGACGAUCAUUUUCAAACACUAGUCAACAUCGUCCAUUAGAUCCAAUUGUUGAGAAUCAGAGAACAAAUGAAAUUAAAGAAAAAAUUGUAGAUGAAAAAAAACCUGUUAUUACUAUUGAUACAACGAUGAUUAUGUUAGCUAAUGGUAAAAUACCUUUAACAAACUAUGAAGAAAAAUAUCUUCUUGAUAAUUUGUUACUAAAAAAAUUAAAUAAAUUAUGUAAUAUUGAAGAAAUUUUAGAAGAACAAGUUUUAAUAAUAUUAAAGACAAAUUUUAAUAAUUUAAUUCCGUUAUUUAGUUUAAAUAAGACUUGGUGUUACGAUUUUCUUAUUAAACAUUUGAAAUAUAUCAUGGAUAAUUCAGAUUCAACAUAUUUUAAUAAAAUAUUGGAUAAUGAUAAUGAUGAUGAUGGUGAUAAUGAUGAUAAUCAAGAUAGAUUGUAUUCUUAUAAACGAUGGCAAUUAAUUACACUUGUACGUGAACAUAAUCAAAAUAGAAAAAAACAACUAACUACAACAACAACAACCACUGCACGAAUACUUUUAAAAGAAAAAUUAAAAUAUAAUGUAAAUCUUUUUGAUGAACUUGAAGCUAUUUAA